CUGACGCGCUGACGUCACCAAAUCUUUGACAGCACUUCCUGGAGUGGUGUUUGUUGUGGGAAAUAAAACGCCGUGGUGCUGAACUGGGGGAUCCGGGGGCUACAUUAAACGGAGGAGGACAGCACGGACAGAAAGUACCUCACUACCCCACCUCCAAGCAUGCGGUCCUGGCGGCUUCCGACGGGUACCAGAUAGGACAGAAGGAGCGACGGGUCGAGACCGAGGAAGGACGAGGUGGACGUAUUCUCACGGACAGCCCCGAGCAGAGCCGCAGACAGCACGGAGUUGUCGCGAUGUUGUAGCUAAACCAUGGACAGCAGAAUAAAGGAAUAUCCAGAAAGAACAUUUGAUCUGGUUGUACAGGUGGCCUGUCCGACAUCUGAAAAUGAGGAUCCAACCGUGCUGUGGAGCUUCCCCCAGGACCACACCGACCAGGAGGUCCUCCAGACGAUACCAAAGUUCUGCUUUCCCUUUGACGUGGAAAGGGUUUCCCAGAAUCAGGUGGGGCAGAAUUUCACCUUUGUGCUGACGGACAUCGACAGCAAACAGAGGUUUGGUUUCUGUCGACUCACUCAAGGCUGCCGGGUCUGCAUAUGUCUGCUCAGUUAUCUACCAUGGUUUGAAAUCUACUACAAGCUGCUGAACACUCUGGCAGACUACCUAACAAAACAACAGGAAAAUGACUUGAAUGACAUGCUGAAUUCUCUCUAUGAUCUGCCUGUGCCAAAGCCCUACACGCCAGUCAACCUGAGUGUGAAUGAGCAGUUGUAUAUUGCCACUGGGCAAGUACUGAGAGAUCGGCGAAGCAAGGAGCCGCACUCCUACUUCAUCGCCCCGGAUAUCAAUGGACUGCCAACCAUCCCUGAGAGCAGGAACCUGACGGAGUACUUUGUGGCUGUGGAUGUCAACAACAUGCUCCAGCUCUACGCCUGUAUGCUUCAUGAACGACGCAUCAUCAUUACCUCAAGCAAGCUUAGCACUUUAACAGCAUGUGUCCACGGUGCAGCUGCUCUGCUCUUUCCUAUGUACUGGCAGCACAUCUUCAUCCCUGUACUGCCCCCGCAUCUUCUGGACUACUGCUGUGCCCCCAUGCCAUACUUUGUGGGUGUUCAUCUUAGUCUGCUGGAGAGAGUACGCAGUCGAUCACUGGAGGAUGUGGUUAUUCUGAAUGUGGACACCAACACUCUGGAGAGUCCCUUUGAUGACCUGCACAACCUGCCCAGUGACGUGGUGUCCUCUCUGAAGAGCAAGCUGAAGAAGCAGUCGACAGCAACAGGAAGUGGUGUGGCGAGGGCCUUCCUGAGAGUGCAGGCCGCUCUGUUUGGAUCCUACCGAGAUGCCCUCAGAUAUAAACCUGGGGAGCCAAUAACUUUCUGUGAGGAGAGCUUUGUGAACCAUCGAUCGAGCACCAUGAGGAACUUCCUGUCAAUGGCUGUCAACCUGCAGCUCUUCAAACAGUUCAUCGACGGACGGCUGGCCAAAUUGAAUGCAGGCCGCGGCUUCUCCGAUGUGUUUGAAGAGGAGAUCACAGAGGGGGGCUUCUGUGGAAGUAAUUCAAGGUCUUACCAGCAAUGGAUGCACACCGUGAAGAGAGGAGGAGCCCUCAUCAACACAGCUGUGACUAAAGCCAAGAGUCAUGCCAAGAGGGGCAUCCGGGACAUUAAGGGCAGGCUUAAAGCAAGGGAAGAAGAAGAAGAGGGGGUGAUGGUCUGUGAGGGUUCUCCCACCAGCACCAAGAGCCUGUCUCCAAGGAGACUGCAGAAGAUGAGACGGCAAAACUUCAACAAGUAUCCCGUGAGCAUGGGCCCUCGAGACCUCGGCUACGGGCUCGAUGAUGAUGAGCUGGACAGUGCGAGCAAGAUCUCCUCCGAGGACAGCGGGGAUGUCCCUUCGUACACCGAGGACAGCGACGACUCCUACUCACUGGAGCUCGACAUCGACUCCUCCCGCUCAGGCCAGAUGAACCUGCUGGAGGAAAUCCUGGACUCUCUGAGCACCACAACGGUGGAGCAAGGGAAACUCAGUGCUGCCAAGAGCCUGGACUUUUUCAGGUCCAUGGAUAAUUUGGACUACAAGGCCCCGAGCAAGCAGACACCUCCCAGCGAAUCUAAACGUGCAGAUGAGAGUGGCAGGGAUGGCAGCGAGGAUCAGAGCGGCUGGAAUAUGGGCCAGGAUGACAGUGCGGUCCAUGGAAAACACCUUCCUCCGUCACCACGCAGACAGCCCAACAAGAGCAGCAUGAAGACGACGAAGAAACUUGCGACAUCUUCUCCAGUGCCCAUCAUCACCAAUACACCUCUGGCCCAGGAGGCUGAAAUGUCCAGGUCGUAUCCUCAUCAGCUCAACUCUGACCCUCACCCUCUACCUCCAGGACAACGACCAAGAGACCGCCUCUCCUACUCGCCCUCAGCAUCUCAUAGAGUUACACCGACGCCGCCGUCUCCCGCUCUCACUCACACCUACAGUUCUCCAGCACCCAUUUCACACCCAAACUAUUCUCCUGUAACAGCGUGCCGGGCUAGGACCAUCUCAGACCCACAAGGCAACACGGAGCCUCCUCAGGCCCAGAACCAGAUUGCCUCCACCAGCAUCCUGAGGAGGAAAGUGCUGUCCAAGGAGACCGUGAGGCACUACCAGGAAAAGGCCAAGGUCCAUAGGCUAAGCAGCAAGACCCAGCAAGAGGGUCAGGAGAGCCCGCCGUGGCAAAGCCAGUCAGCUAUGCAGGUCCCGUGGGAGAAAGAGGUGUCCAAGGAGGGGCUCCUGGGGCUCGGCCUGUGCCUGAGUCAGGGUAAAGGCUCGGGGGCGGCUGUGGUGCAGGAUCAAGGCCUCCUCGAGGAGAUUGAGUCCAUGUGUUGCCUCGGCUCAGUCCUCCACACCAGCCUGCAGCUCUCACAGGUUCACUGCAACAACAGUCACCAGCAGGUCCAGAGCAAAGCCACAGACGAGUGAUAGGGACGUCAAAGACUCAGUGUCUGUAAAAUGCCAUAGGUUCCACUGAAAUCUAUUCACUGUAAUUCUUCUAUUAUAACUAGUUACAUUCUCAGAGAACAUGAUACUUUUUUAUCUCAACACUCUGCUAUCAGGAAACAUUAUAGACAAAGUUGAUGUCGAACAGGCAGACACAAACUAGACUCACAGCCUCUAGAGCAGGAAACAGGAAGAGAUAAACUGGUGCACUGCACAACUCUCCGUCUUUAAAGACAUGUCUGUGUAGAAAAGAGCCCUAAAAACCUUAUUUUCUUUAAACAAGUGAAAAAACCUGCAACUGUCCAAAACAAGGUCUCUACUACACACUUGAAAUGCAUUGAUUUGCAAUAGAAACAAGUUAAAUAAUCUCACUACAGUGGCAGAUUUUUUCACUUCUAAUGCAAGAUGGGUACCUCUCCUGAGUGAACACUGAUAAAGUGACAACAACGUGGAAGUUUAUAUAGUUUUAGUUUCUUAAAAGAAGUGGAUUCUCUUGUGAACUGUUAGAGCAGCACUUCAAAAACACAAACAGAGUCCAUAAUGUUGAGAUUGUUUUUGUGUUUUUGGAAUACAGCGAGAUUUUUUCACUUGUUUUAAGAACAUAUAACUUCAAAAAACUCAAAUACAAAGUUACAAAGACUUGAUAAGAAGGAGAUUUUUGCAGUGUUUUUACUGAUUAAUCAAAGUGUUUCUGUCUGUUCAUCUAAAUUUAUGGACAACAUGUAUUUUCAUGUGUUGUCUAUUUUCAUCUUGUAACAUUUACGCAAGUUAUACCAGAAAGAAAAUAGCCAUAAAAACCUAUGAAUUACAUUUAGGAUUAAGUAUAAGAAGCCAACAGACAAUGAAGGAAUCUUCCAUCUGGAUUUACAGGAUUUAAAAAAAGGCUCAGUACGUGUGAGGAUUAAGAAGGGAUGAUAUCUCCUCAACACAUCAUGAUGUCUUUUACUCAGUGUUCCAAACAUUUUACAAGAUCAAGUUAAAUUUGCACUUAUAGAUUAACAAAUUGUCUUGACCACCUGGUACUAAAGUCAUUUGAGCAAAAACAACAAGGUGAUACAGGAUUUUCCAGACGCAAAGUCCACUCUAGCUUUUGAAACUAAUAAUACACUGUGUGAUACUUUUUUUUUUAUCACCAUGCCUUAAUUGGACGUGUGAUUUGUUCUUGGUACUCUGGUGUCUUAACCUCUAGAUACCAUACAGGUACUUUGUUAUCAGAAUCUUUGAUGCUCUCACAUCUUAAAUGCAAUAGUUAAUAGUACUUAAACAGCACAGUAUUUAUCUGGAUUAAUAGAAUAGUUAAUAUUUAUAUGAUGUGCUUUAAGCUGCUGUUUUUAAAUAGCAUUCCAGAUAAUGAGAUGUGCAUGUAGAAACCUUUCUCUGGCUCUGUGUGCUGUUCAGAACGCUUCUGUCACUCUGAAGAGAAACAAACACAGUCAAGAGUUUAAGUGUUCGAUCUGAAAAUGCCAAGGUCAAGACCCCAUGACCUUUUCUUUUUAUUUCUCCAUCUUUAUCAUCAUCAUCAUUACUCUUCCCCCUCUUGUUGUCUCUGCUAAUGUAAAGUACUUUCAGCACAUCUGACUUUCACUCUCUCAAACUCACAUGUGGUUGAGUAGAUGUGGAAAAGGUGAACUUUAAAGUUUAUGAGGCUGGUGAUAUUCUAUGUUUUCUUAUUUUGAACAAAUCACAUGGAACAGUAAAUUGUGUCCCUUUUCCUACUGAAAACAAAUUAUCAUAAUAUAUAGCUUCAGUUUAAAAAAAAAAACUCAUCUGCAAGUCAUUUCCUUAAACAGCUGGGAUCUGCAGUUUUUAGUUACUCAAACAGAACAGUGCAUUUGUUAGCGACAGAUUUCCUGUUUAUAGGAUAAAUACAUUUUCUUUCUUUCAAAUAAUUUGUUCUUUUUAAGAAUAAUAUAGAAUAUCACCAGACGUAUCAGACAACUGUCCUUGUCUUUCUUUCUGUCUGUCUCCCUUUCUUUGCUCACAGGAGGAAAUGCAAUCUCUGUCCUUCUAGGUUAGAGUCACACACUGUAAUGAAACGCAGUGGUUGAUGAUUGUACUGUAAUGCAGCAAUACGGUUCUCCUCAGAGAGUAGCUACAUGGAUGUAAAAGUGUACAGAGUCGAAAGUAUUUUUUUGUGACAGACUCUCCCGUGGAGAGAAACGUUUGCGUCUAGAGUUUGGGGGUUCCCAUCAUUCUCUGAGUCGCCACAAAACCGGAGAAAAGAAGAAAGCUUUUUCUGUGCUUGUGUUGGGAUUAUUACAUUUAUGGUCCGUUGUUCUUAUGAUUUAUGCCAGACGCCAGUCGGUGUGGCAGUUUAAUAGCAGCUAUUUCUCCACUUUUUGAGUGCUGCUCUGCGUUAACGAUUUGCUCAUAAAGUCUUUGGCUCGCUUCUAAAAAGCCCAAGAACCAGUCCUAGUAAUUCCAAAAAGGAGAAAAAAAGAAUCUCUGCUCUGGCCUUAUUCAUUGUAAACACUUUAAAAAACGUAUUCACUAUGCAAAUAUUUAAAUUGUCAAUAAAAGGUCAGUUUUAUUUAACAGUAAUUACAUUAUAAUGCACGAUUCUACUUGAAAAAUAAUCACAAUCAAUCUAGCUUCUAGUAGAAGUCAGCUUCAUGGGUCCCUAAAUGAAUAAAUAUGAACUUCUAUUAAGUGUGUGUGAGCUGAGGUGUGUCUGUGACGGAAUGGUGCCUUAAACAGUGAGAGUACCACCCAGUGUAAUCAGAACAAGGUAGGAGAAAGGAGGUAUAUGCAAUGCUUUGAGACCACCGUAAAUCACAGUACGAACGUAGAUCAUUAUGGUAUUUAUAUAUAUAUAUAAACUGACCUGAAAUUAACUUGGGUACGAGCAUUGUUUUUUUAUAGCUGUUUUGUUUUUCAGUUUCGGCUGCAGUCCAGCUGGAGUAACGCAGUGUUUUUCUUUGCUGCGGUGGUCGGUGGGAAUCUUCCUGCCUGUAUUUAAUAGAACGUCUUUGAAUUUCUCUGGGUCAUUUGACUUUUUUUUUUUUUAAAUUAGGUUCUUUCUUUGAUUGUACUAUGAAGUGAUUCCUUGUUCUGUUUGCGUGCUAUUUUUUUUCUUUUCUCUCUUUCUUCAACACUCACCUGAGCGACGUGUUUUUACAGACGUUUCUCAGAGGAGUCUCUCUAGUUUGUUUCAUAUUGAUGAGAAAUUAUUUUCAAUUGAAUAGACGUGUAUUUUUGCUGGCUUGAGUUUAUUUUACAUGGAUAAUAUAUGAUUGGUGUUGUAUGUUGUAAAAAAAGAAAAUGACACCUAAUAUUUGAAUGUUUUAGAUUUUAUUUUUGGACGAAAGAAUAUAUAGAGAGCGAAUAUUAACAAAUGUCAGAUGUAGCCAUUCAUGUUGAGAAGCAUUUGACACCCUCUAAUCAAAAUAAGCAGAGACUGACGCUUGCUUGUAGGCAGUACAAUGCUUAUUGUUGUAUCUGCAUGUAUGUACCUGUAUGGGUUGUAUGCUAUGAUUUCUUUCAGUUUUAUUUUUUAUUCUGUUGGUAUUAAUUAUUAUUUCAGUAUUUAGCGCUUCCGUCAAAUCGAAAAUGAUGGAAAUAACUUUGGGUCUGGCAAAACAUGCUCAAUCUGCCUUGAAUUGGGUUUUGUGGAGUUAAUGUCAUUUGCCUUGCAUUUCAUGUGUUUCUACUUUGGUUACUGGCUACUUUAGAUCUAACUGUAGAAGUUUGUGGGGAGAAAUACUGAGUAAUUUAGCAACAAAGAAAUUACUUUCAUUUCAAUGUCUGCAGGCUUGUGAUUACUCAAGAAAACUGAUACUCUGUAAAACAGUACAGUUUAAAGUUAUUAAUGAAUAUAAAGAAUUAUUGUCCUGAAAUUACAAAUUUGGAGUGAGUUGGAGGUGACAGAUGAUGUAGCAGCGUUUACAGAGGUACUGUGGACUUUACAAAGAUAUUAACAUCACUUGCCCUUAGUUACACAUUUAAGACAAAAAAACACGUAUUUUCAGUAUAGCGACAACUUUGGACAAGUUACAGUAUGCAACUUUAUUUCAAUCUUUUUGGGUGUUGUCAUGGUAUAACAUUUACUGAUUUUCUGAUUCUGUGCACACUUGCAUGUUCUCUUUGCAGAGAAAACAACUGUCUUAAACAACUGAGAUCAAUCUAAUGUGCUUUUGAUGAGUAACUUGGUACAAUGCACACAAUGUAUGCACUGUGAACUGAAAAUAAAUUAUAGUGUU